UCAUUGUCAUCCUCAUUUGCCCGGCCGUGCUCGAACUAUCACCACGUGCCCAAUAGAAAAAUCGACAGCGCUGGAUCCCGCGACAGUAGGCUAUUCCACGCAAUGCCAGAGAAGUCAAACAGACCCGAAGUUGGCGAUGGAACCGGGCAUCUAGAGGAUAUGCCUGCGAAGCAGGACAAUGACGAUUGGAAAAAUCGGCCACCCUAUUGCACUACAGACAAAACCGAAAAGUUUCAUAAGAGACAUACGGCGCAUUGCCACUGCGGGAGGGUCAAGUAUUGGUUGAGUCGGGAAAAGCCGUUGGCAGCAAAAUUCUGCCACUGCGUUGACUGUCAGGCACUACAUGGAGCGCCAUUUCAAUGGGCAGCCAUAUUCCAUAAGGAGGAUUUGCAUUUCGAGAACGGAGCUGAGGGCCUCGCCUUUUAUCACUCACCGACGAAGGGAACGCAUUAUGAGCUGCCUGUCAAAGUGAGCUGUUCAUAUUGUCAUGCCCCCAUCAUGGACGAGGGGCGGAAGAUGGUUCUCAUGUUUCCGGGUAUCAUUAAGUUCAAUACCCCGGAGGACAAGAAGGCCUUCGAUCCUCAGUGCCACAUAUUCUACAGCCAACGAGUGGUAGACUUACCGGAUGGGAAACCGAAGUGGGUAGGGUUGGAUAAUGGAAGUGAGCUUAUGAAGGAUGUGCAGCCACGCGAGGCAGAGACUGUUGUGGGUGAGCGCAGGAUAGAAACCACCCAUAAAUAGAUAAGUGUGAUGAUUAUCUAUCGUUGUACCGGAGCCGAUCGUGCUCAGUUAUGAUCAUAACAUUAGUGUUGUGGAUCAUACAAUAUCCUCAAGUAUUCCUUCAAGUUCUUCCUUUCGAAAAGGCACACUGAGCAUUUCGGUGCCUAGUAUGUCUUUACGACUUGUUAUCAUCUGGUGAUCGUGGAAUCUGAGAUCAAGUCAGUUUA